AUGGAGAUAAAAAACUGCUCAGUGGUGACUGAGUUCAUCCUCCUGGGAAUCCCACACACAGAGGGCUUGGAGACUCUGCUUUUUGUGUUAUUCCUGCCCUUCUACGCCUGUACCCUGGUGGGAAAUGUUUCUAUCCUUGUGGCUGUUAUUUCCUCGGCCCGCCUUCAUACUCCCAUGUAUUUUUUCCUGGGGAACUUGUCGGUAUUUGAUAUGGGUUUCUCUUCUGUGACCUGUCCAAAAAUGCUCCUUUACCUUAUGGGACUUAGCAGACUUAUCUCCUAUCAAGACUGUGUCUCCCAGCUCUUCUUCUUUCAUUUUCUUGGGAGCAUUGAGUGCUUUUUAUAUACAGUGAUGGCCUAUGACCGCUUUGCUGCCAUUUGUCACCCUCUUCGGUACUCAGUCAUCAUGAACUCUAGGAUCUGUGUGGCUCUAGCUGUGGGCACAUGGCUAUUAGGAUGCCUCCACUCCAGCGUCUUAACUUCCCUCACCUUCACUUUGCCUUACUGUGGUCCUAAUGAAGUAGAUCACUUCUUCUGUGACAUACCAGCCAUCUUGCCGUUGGCAUCUUCUGAUACCUCCUUAGCACAGAGAGUGAGCUUCACUAAUGUUGGUCUAGUGUCUCUUGCCUGCUUUCUCCUGAUUCUUCUGUCCUAUACGAGAAUUGCAAUCUCCAUCUUGAGUAUUCAUUCAACUGAGGGGCGUCAGCGUGCCUUCUCUACCUGCAGUGCCCAUCUCAUUGCUAUCCUCUGUGCCUAUGGCCCUAUAAUCACUGUAUACCUACAGCCUACACCAAACCCCAUGGUGGGAACUGUAGUGCAAAUUCUGAUGAACUUGGUAGGACCAAUGCUGAACCCUUUGAUCUAUACUUUGAGGAAUAAGGAAGUAAAGAUAGCCCUGAAAAAGAUACUGCAUGGGAAGGGGCCAGUUUCUGAGGGUUAGGAA